AUGCCCCCAAGAAGGAGCGCACGCAGCAUGAGAGGGAAUCCUGAAAGCCAGACACCCGAUAUAGCACAGUUGAUAGCUCAGCAAAUUCGGGAGGCGGUACCAACUAUUGUCGCUCAGGUUGCAGCGGGCAUUAAUGCAAGUCAAAGGAGUGAGGGAGGCCCUAGCACCGAGAAUCUUGUCAGGGAGGAGAACCGUAACACCAACAAUAGAGGAUGCAGUUACAAGACAUUCAUGUCCUGCAAGCCCAAGGAGUUUCAUGGAAAAAAAGGUGCAAUUGGACUACUAUCAUGGAUUGAGAGCAUGGAGUCGGUACUCCAUAUUAGCAGGUGCUCUGAUGACUAUAAGGUGGAGUAUGAAACAUGCCAACUCCAGGGUAGAGCCCUAACUUGGUGGAACAUUCAAGUUCAAACCCGUGGUCGCCAAGCUGCCUAUGAGCUAUUAUGGGAAGAACUCAAAAAGUUACUCAUCGAAGAGUAUUGUCCUAAGAGCGAAAUUCAGAAGCUAGAAGUUGAAUUCUGGAAUCACACCAUGAUUGGAAUAAAGGUGGACAAAUACAUUGCUCGUUUUCAUGAGCUUGCCAAGUUAGUACCUCAUAUGGUCACUCCGGAGGAGAAACGAAUUGAUCGGUACAUGUGGGGAUUGGCACCUGAAAUCCGAGGGAUGGUCACGUUGGCAAACCCAACCACUAUACAAAAUGCGGUAGUUUUGGCAAACCGUCUGACAAAUGAUGCAGUUAGAUCAGGGAUUUUAAAGCAAGACAAAUUUGGUGGAAAGAGGAAACCAGAGGGGCAAUCGUGGAGAAGGGGCAACAACAAGUUAGGCAAGAACCAAAGAGUGGUGAAGAAUUUUGGAGUAAAGGCUCAGGAACCGGGGCAGUAUAGUCUGCCACUUCCAAAAUGCAGCAAAUGUAAUUAUCACCAUACAGGGGCCUGUCCUACAUGUGGCAAAUGUAAUCGGUUGGGUCAUAUCGCCAAGUUUUGUAGAGGGGAAAAGGAAAAUAAGGACGAAAUAAGAGUACCUAUGAGUGUGGAAGUCAAGAUAACUUCAGGAAUAAGUGCCCAAGGAUAA